GAGACCCGGCCCAUUCAUUUGUGUCCUUUAUAGUGGACAUUUUGUUCACCUGUAUUUUCUUUUACUAUUUUGAGUUACCCUAUCAAGCCCUGCAUUACUCUUUAGAGGACAUCCUGGGCUUUCCAGUGAUGUGUCAUGUGAUAGGUUUGCAUGCUGGGAACUCACUUUUUCUUUUCAAUCAAAAUGGCUGGCAUACCAACAACCACAUUUUAUGGAAAGAGGAAAGGAGAAAGAAGUGAAGCAGAGAGGAUUUUAUACCGAAUAGUAGAGGGAGAUUCAGAUUUGGGGCUGUCAGAUGAGGAUGAGGAUGAGUAUCAGCCUGGGACAGGAGAAGAUGGUGAAGAAGAAGUAGGUGAAGAAGGAGAGGAAGAAGAUGCAGGAGUAUCUGAUGAGGAGACAGACUCAGAACCAGAAAGGGAGCAGGAAAGUCGUCGUGCUUUGUGGGCCAGGACUACCUUAUUCACACCUGUGCUACCUGGGCUUCCUGUCUGUCAAGAUGACCCUAAAAUCCGAGAACACUGGAGUCCAAUCCAAUACUUUUCGCAGUACAUCGACGACAAAAUCUUUGAAGAUUUGGCAGCUUUUACAAAUCAAAGACAGCUGCAAACGACAGGAGUGUCACUAAAUACUACUGCUCAAGAAAUCAAGAUUUUCUUUGGCAUAUCAGUACACAUGGCCUGCCUUGGCUAUCCCAGAGUUAAAAUGUUUUGGGCUAAAAAAACUAAAGUGCCAGUUAUUAGCAGGAAAAUGACAAGGGAUAGAUUCUACAAGCUGAGAAGCUCACUCAAGAUUGUUGAUGAUCUGGAUGUAACAGAAGAGACAAAGGAGUCAGACAUUCUUUGGAGAGUCAGACCAUUGCUUGACCGUGUGAGGCAAGGUUGUCUCAGACUUCCAAGGUAUAAUAAGGUCUGCAUUGAUGAGCAAAUCAUCCCUUUCACAGGCCGCUGUCCAGUCAGGCAAUAUGUCCCAGGCAAGCCAAACCCUACUGGCCUAAAAGUCUUUGUCCUUGCCUCUCCAAAUGGUCUGGUGCUGGAUUUUGAGGUGUAUCAAGGGAAGAAUACGUUCAGGGGCCAAAGGUUGGGAGUUGGAGCUGCAGCAGUCUUGCGAUUGGUUGAAUCUCUUCCCACAGGAACCUGUGUAUUCUUUGAUCGAUACUUCACAACAAUCGAUCUCAUGGAUGCUUUGCUUGCAAAGGGUCUUCCAGCAACUGGAACAAUAAUGAGGAACCGAGUACCAAAGCCAUGCCAGCUACCAGGAGAUAAGCAGUUGCGAAAAGAAGGGAGAGGAGCAUCAGUGACGGUGGUCCGGAGGAGGCCUGAGCUGGCAAUCACUAAAUGGUUUGACAAUAAACCAGUGUUGAUGGCUUCCACUAUGUAUGGGAAAGAUCCAGAAGAUAUCUGUAGCAGAUGGUCCAACAAAGAAAAGGCUCAUGUCCAGGUGCAACGACCAGCAGUGAUCAGAGAAUACAAUGACAACAUGGGUGGCGUAGACCUGUGUGACCGAAUGCUGAGCUUUUAUCGCAUGUCAACCAGGACCAAGAAAUGGACAUCACGUGUGAUCGCUCAUUUCUUUGAUAUUGCCAUUACAAACGCUUGGAUCCAAUACAAGUCUGACAGUAAAGCGAUUAAUCGAUCAUCUAAGAACACCCAACAGUAUCUGGACUUCAAAUUGCACCUGGCUGAAGAGCUGUUGGAUAGUCCUUCAUUUGAUGACAGCAGUGAAGUCAGUGAAGAAGAGUAUCAGCCACCAACCAAAACAAGGAUCCCUCAACCAGAGCCCUCUGUACGCAGACUAGGGGCCAGGCACAUGCCAGAGAUGGUGGAUGUCAAGCAUGCAGAAAGAUGCAGGAAUAAGGGCUGCAAUGGCAAGACAUACAUGAGGUGUACCAAAUGCAAGAUGUUUCUCUGCAUCACCAAAAGGAAAACGUGCUUCCAGGAUUAUCACCGCUAAAAUAUCCAAAAGAAGAACUGUAGAACUGCUUAUGUUCAAUGUUCAACUAAAUACACAGGCAACUAUUGUCCUUGCAACAGAAAACAACGAAGAGUGAUAAAGAAUUUAGUUUUUGAUCAAAUUAAAUUUAUUCUUUUGUUAAUAUUACUCUAAAGCGAUAAUCUGCUCAUUUUCUAAAUUCAGUUGUAUUUUUACACUAAAAUCAUCCUGUUGUCCACUACAGUGGACAUGCUGUGAAAUUAAAAAUAAAAAUAUUUUUAAAAAAAUUUUAAUUGUAAGGUGUUUUUUUAGACCCAAAUAGAUAGGAAAUCACACAAAAAAAGAAAUUGGAACACACUUUUUUUCUUCGGUUCCCAGGAGGAUAUAUAUGUUUACCAAUAAAAUACUUAUUUUCUUAUUUUAAAAAGGAAUUGUACGUAUUUUCAAUAUCAUUUAAGAUUAACCAAAUUUUUCUUAGUGAUUAAUUGAUAGAAAACCCGAUUAUCAAAACAACCGUUAGCUUCAGCCCUGCUGCUAACAUUAGAGACACUGAAAAAGUUAUGAGUUCAGACAGGCGGUAAUUGUUCGAUAGCGGGGUGGAAGCUGAUGGAUGAGGGAGAAAGGGCGAGGCUAAGCCGGAGCUCCGAAGGGCCGGCCGGUGAUUAAGGGAUGGGAGGGAUGAGCUCCAGCCUCUGAGGGACUACUGUCUAUCUGUGUGAGUCCAUGUGAGGAAAAAAAAAAAAAAAACGGGGCUGGAAACGGGGAGAAGGACUCAAAAACAAGAGGCCACUGUCACGGUCUCUUAGCAACCGCGUUUCCCAGGUGACACGCAGCCUGACAUCACUUCCUGUUGGAAGCAGAGACGUGCCGCGCGUGUUCCUCGGCCGUUGCGCUGCUUUCAAACCGAACGAACCCGCAGGAGAUCUUUCCUUCGAAGGUUGAAUCCCAUAAAAUGCGAGCGGCGGCGCAUUGAGAGGAGCUCACAGCGCAGCGGGCAUAUAGACCGGCGGUGUCCGCUGUGCGCAUGCGCGCAGCUCGAUUGUACACGAUGCCAGUGGAAACGUGGCCAACUCAUGCCAUCUGGUAGGACUACUUGGCACAGCGAGGCCCGCUAUGGUUUCUCGACAUAUUGGAGUAGUUAAAAUUAACACGGCGACACUGUU